GAGCAACACCACGGAGCCACAAUCGGAGUUCUCAGUGACUCUCAUGCUCUGAGGAAAGUCCCUGGACCUGUGGCAGAAAGUGUCGUAGCGCAAUGUUCGCUGUUAGCCUUCACAGUCUCCUCGAAACUGGAAAGGACGCCUUUGGUUGAUCUUUUCGAGUUGUGCUGAAGAGUAUUGGUCAGAGAUAAAGUAAUGUGUUGAAUGUUUGUGGUAUUCCACUCCUCUGCCUCAAGGCGGAGGUUGGAAAACCGUGUUCAACCGAACAGGGCUCACUACGAGGGAACUUCUCGCUUUUGUUUUUCUGUUCUUUUUCAUUAAUUUUUUUUAAUUGCUAAAAGUAUGAAGUAGAAAAAUACUAAAGGCAAAUUUUUGAACUUUAAUUUAUUGGUAUCAUCCAAAGUAAUGCUAUUCGUACAAAUGUUUGGAAGUUUAGUUAAUCAUCGAUUAAUACUAGUGACUUGCUACUAGAUGGCGUCAUCGAUUUGUGAUGUAGAGGCAAAUGAUUUUUGCCAAUAUUUAUACUAUGCAUUAUGCACGUGACGGCAAGGAUCAUUUGAGCCUUGCUUAUUAUUGUUUAAAAAUAUUUUAUGUUUAAUCAGGGAAGGUUAUACGAUUGUAUCAAUAUUUAUUAAUACCUAUUUAUUUUAAUAUGUAAUCUUGAUUAGUUAUAAAAUGAUAAUUUGUAUUUACUAAACUGCUUUUGACAGAACGAUUUAUAUAAAUUUAAUGUAUAUAAACAAAAAUAACAGUGCAUCACAGAUUUACUUCUGAGUGCACAAUACAUUCUCAAAGAUAAUAAGUUGAUAAUUAAAAUUAUUUUAUGUUGGCAACGUAAUAUUUUGUACGUGCUAAAAUAAUUUUUACACAUUGGACGUCGUCUUGCUAAUAUAAAAAACAUAUUAAUUCAAGUAAACCAUUGUACAUAUCAAUGUCUCAACGCUCUAAGGUUAUUCAACUAUAUAAGACGUUGUUAUUUAUGGGUAGAGAAUAUCCAAGAGGUUAUGACUUUUUUAAACAAAAUUUAAGAAGAGCCUUCGAAAAAAAUAAAGGAGAAACGGACCCAGAAAAAAUCGAUAAAAUGCUGGCACACGGAAAUUUUGUCAUUAAAGAAUUAGAAGCGUUGUAUAUGUUACGGAAAUAUCGAACAUUAAAGAAAAGAUAUUAUAAUAACCCAUAAUAUUAUAUAGUAAUAUUUACCAUAGGACAAAUA